CUGAAGUGACCAUUAGUUGGCGAUCGCUUAUCAGUGCGGACUCAGCGACAUUGUAGCAGUACUGAAAAUGUUCUUCGUAAGAAAGUUGAUGUUGAUAUUCGCGACGCUCGCGAUGACCUGUGGUCACUACCCGGGGAAUUGGAUUCCGUCGUACGGAUGUUUGGACUACGGCUGUACAACGCAGGAAGGAUGCUCUCGUUGGAACUUUCAACGCUAUCCGUGCUACUUGAGAUGUACCUACAAUCGCUGCACGGGACCUCAGAUCUCCAGAAGGAUUUCGAUACAGGAGACGAUCACAGCGAAACCGUUGUCCAAAUGCUACAAGAUCACCAACUUGGCAAACGGAAAGACUCUUAGUGCAGGUCAGAACUUCGAUCCCGACAAUCAGCUCAAGUUUGCAGUGGCUACCAACCAAACCGGAGAACACUCGAAAGACCUCUGGACCAUGGAGUUGGCGUACGGAGCAACGUACUUCCUCAAAAACCGUCACACCUCCGAAUACCUGAAGGUCAACCCCAACAACAAAACCUACCUCAUCGGUAACACCCCGAUGGAUCCGACCUUCCAGUUCAAACCGAUCCUACUGGAUCAAGGAUGGUCCAAGAUUCAGCUGCAAGCCAUGUGCAACAAAGGCUACCUCUUCGUCCGGCGUAACGAAACCCUAGUACAGGUCACCGCAAACCUCACCCAAAACUACAACGAAUCCCUGUGGUCCGUCACCGGUGUUUAUUGCUAAACCAAAUAAAGAACAUCAACACUCGUA